CCCCGGUGCCGCUUCCCCCCAUGAGCUGGCGGCGGCUGCGCGGAGCCAUCGCCCGGGCGGCGGCGGCCAUGCAGGGACCGAGGCCAGUGGUUCUGAGUGGCCCGUCGGGUGCAGGAAAGAGCACUUUGAUAAAGAAGUUGUUUAAAGAUUACGAGAACAUCUUCGGCUUCAGCGUCUCCCACACGACGAGGCAGCCGAGACCGGGAGAAGUAAAUGGCAAAGAUUACCACUUCGUGACCCGAGAGGAGAUGAAGAAAGAAAUCGAUGCUGGGGAAUUCCUCGAGCACGCAGAGUUCUCCGGAAAUAUGUAUGGGACGAGGUACGGGACUCGGGCGCUCACCACCAAACCCAGGUGGUGCUGGGAGCUGAGCAAAGCCGCGGUGCAGGCUGUGCAGGCCCAGAACCAGAUCUGCAUCCUCGACGUCGACAUCCAAGGCGUGAAGAACAUCAAGAGGACGGACCUGAACCCCAUCUACAUCUCCGUGCAGCCCCCGUCCAUGGACGUCCUGGUGAGCGGCUGCCUUCCCUUGCCGGUAGCGGUUAGAGGACCACACAGCAGGGGGGCAGGAAUGCGUUUCCAAGCACGCUCCUCUCCUGCCCUGACUCUCCAAGCCCUCACCCCGGUGAUAAACCUUCCCGUGCCCUGGUUUUGGGUCCCUCCCGCACGGCUUCCAUGCUGAAGUGAGACUUCUGGUGUUGGUUAUAGGCUCUGUUACAGCGCGGCCAGGAUUUAAAUGCGUUAGGUGUGCUUACGGUGGGGAGGUUUUGUGCUGAGACUUGCUUCCGGCUACUAAAGUUAACCCGAAGAAGGCUGGUUCUGCAGCGUUGGGAUUCCUGUACGCCCUCUGGCCUCCCGCGGCCCUAUAAAAUACCGAUCACGCUGUGCCUCUGGGAGAAUCGAACCACCGACGUGGUUCAGAGGGGGGACGCAGAGGCGCACGUGCGACUCGCUGAAGCCGUGCGAGGAGUUACGUGGCAGAGAGGCCCACGGAUCCUGGCUCUCGGGGCAGGGAUGCUUUCUGUGCGCAGCACUUGGGAUGCUCGUUUCUAUAAUGCGUUUG